ACGCAAUCACAAAACCAAUAGUCUUUCUAUAUCCCAUAGCAUGCGGAAGAGUCGUGAAGGUUGAGGUUGGAAACCAAGAUGGGGGUGAAAAUAGAAGUGUUUCGGAUGAUGCUAUACCUGUCGUUCCCUGUGACCAUGUUUUGGAUCUCAAAUCAAGCUGAGUACUUUGAAGAAUACAUAGUGAAGAGAAAGAGGGAGAUCUUCCCGCCAGACGAGAAAAUGCACAGAAAAGAAUUGGAAGACUUCAAGGAGCGAAUGCGUAACCGCAAGGAGCAGCGAAUAUUAAAAGAGAUUGGCAUGGAGUCUGAGCAAUGAGGUAUCCAGAGCAGAAGGGAAGAUGCCCCCAGCAGGCGACCAAUGGCCCGCAAGUCAACUAUUUGGCCUACAGUUGGGGGGAAAACCACCAGAGUGGGACUUGUACUGAAGGGACUGAACGAAUAACGUGGACUUCUAUGGAGAAUACACCCUACAUUCGUGUUCCUGUGCCUCAUUAAACCACAACACAGUAAACAGUCCUGCUGAAAGACUUUUACAAUGCAUACAUUCAGCGCAAUCAAAUAAGAAAAUGUUGCAUUUGUUGAUGUGCACAUCACACAUUGUUUAUUUUAGAUGCAAAAUUAUUUAUUUUUCAAUUAUUUAGAUUUGACCUUACUUUUCUUACUAUCACUCAUUAAAGCUUGACUAUUGUAUUCCUGAAA